AUGGAGGGCGUGCUCAGAUUUGAGGCUUUGGAUGGGACAAACAAUGUCCACCUUUCGGCCCUGAUACCUAUGCCUUUAGUAGAAAGCCUCGCGAUUCAAUGCGACAAAUCAAGGAAAUUUACCCAAGACGCGGUCAUUCUUCGCAAUCUACGAAACCUCGAUAUCACUGAACGUUUCUCUAUCGAUUAUGGUCGUGGGAGCGCCACUCAGGUCAUGCGUGACGCUGAAAUGCCGGUGCCCGAGGCGCUGCGAAUGUCCCUUGUUCCCACCGCGGGGCCAGACUGCCAGGACUUUGGGCGCUUCCUACGGUCCCUCAUUCUGCUCGAAAACCUGAUCAUCGGCGCCGACGAUAUUCCCUCUGCAUUCUUCAAAGGUCUCGUUUAUUCCCAGCGAGGAAACAAAGGGACCAAUGUAUUGCCGAGAUUGCAAAGGAUUGACUUGCACCGUUCGACGUUAGAAGAUAACGAUGAGGCCCUGGGUGGGCUUGUUGCGUUGAUUUGGCCAAGAAGAACAGGAUCAGCAGGUAGGACAACCGGCACUCCGCGUCGCGCUAAAAGAAUAUCGACUCCUGGGGUUCCGUGUGUCUUGCUGCAGGAGGUUUGUUUGGAAGCUCCGUUGGUUAUUGAGCAUGACCAAAUACUUUUGAACCAGUGGAAGGAACUCUGUGAGAAGGGCUUAUCGGUCGUGUAUGGGAACGCAGAGGCGGUCGACCAGGAAUCCUAUUGA